AUGCUUGGUGAUGGGGAUUCCUCAACUUACAACAAAAUUGUUCAAAGCAAGCCAUAUGGAGAUGAAUGCAUACCAAAUAAAAUGGAAUGCAUUGGACAUGUUCAGAAAAAGGUCGGUAGUCGGUUGCGGAAAUUAAAAAAUCAAAGUAAAGGUGUAAAAUUGGCAGUUGGAAAAGGCUUGGCUGGCAAAGGUAGGCUCACUGAUAGCAAAAUAGAUGUUCUUUAGAACUAUUAUGGCCUGGCAGUGAGAGAAAACUUCAGUGAUGUUGGUGAAAUGGCUACGGCCAUAGAAGCAUCACUAUACCAUGUUGCAUCGACAGACGAGAAUCCACAACAUCAUCUCUGUCCUGAUGGAGAGGACAGUUGGUGUGGCUAUAACAGGGAUAAGGAUAAUUAUAAACACAAGAAUGGUAUUCUACCAUGUAUUAUGAAUGUAAUCAAACCCAUAUUUGAUGAUCUAAGUAACACUGACUUAUUAAGUAAGUGCAAUCACGGCAUGACACAGAAUGUCAAUGAAUGUUUGAACGGACUUAUUUGGGACAGAUGUCCUAAAUUAUGUGGAGCAGGAGACUGUUGCUCUUGCCACUUAUCUUGCUGUCUUGAGGUUCAAUGA